CGCAACCAAGUCGUCUUUGUAUGUAGUACUAGGUACACUCUCGUACACUCACAGACGAUUUCAUCCCUUUUCACCUGGGUAAUUCCCAAUAGGCCAGUCUUACCAUGUAUCAUCAUCAUGCUUCCAGUACGGCGUUGAACAUGACUAGGUACAGUAUCUUCACUCCACGCGGAGUUAGCAUCUUGAUGUUAGAGUAGAUAUUAUUCUCCACUCGGCCCGGCUUGAAAUCGGACUCCGCUAACUAAUCCUUUGCUGCCCCUCUUUAUCGCGCAGUUGGCCGAUCAAGGUGCUCACAACUGCCUUGGCCAGACAGUAUCAGGUCCAAUAGUUAUAAAAGCCGGCAGGAGUGCGCUGACCAAUACAAAUUUUUUUAUUUCUUCUUUUCAAAACCAAUUUCCUGCGCAGCCUUCUUUCUUGUCUACACGCCGUAGAGUUAUCCGUUGUAGCUCGUUGCAAUACCGUCAUCAUGGCUCCCCUCUCGCUCGAAACGACCUACAAGAUGAACUCGGGAUACGAGAUCCCGAUCGUCGGUUACGGUGUCUACCAGACGCCCGCAGAGAUCACCGAGAAGGUGACUCUCAAGGCCAUCGAAGUCGGAUACCGUCACAUCGAUUCCGCAAAGUACUACCAGAACGAGGGUGAAUGUUCGAGAGCCAUCAAGAACUCCGGUAUCGACCGCUCCAAGAUCUUCUACACCACCAAGAUCCCCGUCACCGAGGUGGGAUACGAGAAGUCCAAGGCCGCCAUCGAGUCGUCUCUGAAGGACGCCAACUUCGACUACAUUGACCUGAUCCUCAUCCACGCCCCUGGCGGCACGAAGGAGGACCGUGAGGGCUCCUGGAGAGCUCUCCUGGAGGCGCAGAAGGCCGGAAAGGUCCGCUCCAUUGGUGUCUCCAACUACAGCGUCAAGGACCUGGACGAGCUCGAGGCGUACAUCAACAGUGGAGUCGGUGGUAAGAUCGAUGUUGGCCAGUACGAGAUUCACCCCUGGUGCGCCAGAGAGAACGUGGUCGAGUGGCUGCGAAAGCGCAACAUCGUCAUCGAGGCCUACUCUCCUCUCGUCCAGGCCACGCGCAUGAACGAGCCUGUGCUGCAGAACCUGGCCAAGAAGCACAACAAGACUCCUGCUCAGAUUCUCGUGCGAUGGAGCUUGCAGAAGGGAUACGUUCCUCUUCCCAAGUCCGUGACCGACGCUCGCAUCAUCGAGAACGCCCAGGUGUUCGAUUUCGAGCUGUCCAAGGAGGACAUGGACUCCCUCCACACUAACGUGUACGCUCCUGUCUGCUGGGACCCCGUUGAGGACCCUCACUGGCUGUCCAAGCUGUGAGCGUUGAUUCGGCGGCAAAUUCUUCGAACUACUUCGUCAAGAAGAGUCCCUACAGGUUGGCCGAAUGGUGGCAUGUAUAUACCAUCGCCUAUACAUGUAAAUAGCCUAACAGACCCGAAUUGAUGACAUGCAUGAUGAACCAUACACAUAAUAUUCCAAAAAAACAAACAAAAAAAAAAACGCCUUAUUCC